CCUGAUGGUCAGACGAUCCGACAACUGUCCUUCUGCCUGUAACUUGAGGACACGCCCCUUCGCUGAAUGGCAUGGAUCGCGCCAUAACGUAAAGUUCUAUCUACGUAGGAUGAACGUUUACAUUUCGUAUUUUUUAUUAUAUAGCAUUUUACAUAAUAUAUAUUAUUGUACGUUUAAUGCAUGCAUAAACUAUGACGCGAGAAGAGGAGUUAAUUCGGAUAGCAAAAAAGCUGGACAAGAUGGUGUCUAGAAAUAACACGGACGGUGCCCUGGACCUGCUGAAUGAACUGAAGAGCUUCAACAUGACGCUGAAACUUCUGCAGGAAACGAGGAUCGGCAUGUCUGUGAAUGGAAUCAGGAAGCACUGCACAGACGACGAGGUCGUUUCCCUGGCCAAGAUCCUCAUCAAGGACUGGAAGAGACUGCUGGAUGCUGCACGUACUCAGAGUACUGAGAGGCCCAAUGAGAUGAAGAAUGGGGUUGACUCCAACAAGUCCACAGCGUCUCCAGUCAGGUCCCCCUUAGAGAAAGACACCAGUCACAAGAGGCUGGAUGUUUCUGAUUCAGAUCCUGAAUCUGAAAAGGAAGAAUACUCUGACAAAUGGCAAAAAGAGAAGCACAAUGUUGAACACAAAAAAGAUGAGAGAGCUGUUGACCUAAAAAAGGAGCGAAAUACAGAGGCAUUCAAAAACAAACGGCAUGCAGAACAAUCCAAAAAUGGAAAACAUACAGAAGAUGCCAGAAAAGAAAGACAUGUAGAACACUUAGAAAAACCCAAAAAGGAGAGACACUUCGAAAAAUCCAGAAAAGAAAGACAUGUACCUAUACAUGAAACAAAAAAUGAAAGACAUGUGCAAGAACCCAAGAAAAAAAGUAAUCUCGAAGAACCCAAAAAUGAGAGCCACACAGACGAACCCAGAAGGGAGCGUUUUGCAGAUGAACUGAGAAAGGAAAGACACACAGAGGAACGCAGAAAGGAGAUACCAAUGUACGAACCCCGACAAGAGAGACCUGUUGAAAACCACAGACAAGGGUUUGAGAGGAGAAGCGUCUUGGAUGAUCUUUACCCCGCUUGUUACUCUCCUCCUCGCCCCCCCCGACCACCCCGCCUUCCUCCCCCUGUCAGACGUAUGUCUGGGGAGGUGAAUAAAGGGGUGAAAAAAGAGGUGAAGAAGGAGAGAGAGAGGAGAGAUUCUUCAGACACUCUGUCUCCUUCUCAUCCUCGUCCCACCCCUCCGUCCAGACGUUCCUCAGUGAAGGGGAAGAAAGAGAGGAAAAAAGAUCCUCCUGACCCUAAUUCCCUGCUUCCUCCUCUUCAUCCUCAUCCUUCUAUGCCCACUGCAGCAGAGGUCAAGAAGGAGAGAAAAGAGCCUCUGCGGAUUUCUGUGGUUCGAAAAGAGCCUCCGGACCCCAAUGCUCCAUUUGCUCCUCUUCCUCUCCAUCUCCAUCCUCCCCCUCAUGUGAAGCGCCCGUCAGUGGAAGUCAAAAAGGAGAGAGAAGAGUCGUCAGAUUACAAACCCGUUUCUCUGAAGGUGACGUCCUCUGACCAUGUGAAAAAAGAUAGAAAAGACUCCGAUAGCAAAGUGCCCAAAAAAACAUCUGUUGAUGCCAAGAAAGAAAGAAAGGAUUUGUCAGAUUCCAAACCAAAACCUGCUAAAAGGCAGAGUCUGGACUCCUCAGAUUCCAAUCCAAAACGUUCUAAAAGGCCAAGUCUGGAUGGCAAGAAAGACAGAAAGGACUCCACUGACUCCAAGCCCAGCCAUUCUGUGAAACGUCAUUCGACUGACUCCAAAUCAGACAGGAGGGACUCUGUGGAUUCCAAGACUAGCAACUCACCCUCAGCUAAGAAGCUCUCUAGCGAGACGAAAGAAUUUCAUGGCUCCAAGUCCUCUCACAAUGGCCCUCUGCAGAGAAAGUCCUCAACGGACAGUAUUGAACGGAGAGGGAAACCAGAGAUGCCAAAGAUCCCCUCCACCCCCACCAGUCCCAUGUCCCCCUCCUUCAGCUCAGCAGGGGUUCCCCUGUCCCCUUGCCUUGCCACUGGAGAAACCAUCAGGGACAAGUGCAUUGAGAUGCUGGCUGCUGCUCUACGUACAGAUGACAACUUCAAAGAAUUUGGGACAAACUGUGACUCCAUGGCAGCAGAGAUUGAAGAUCAUAUUUACACAGAGAUGGGAUCCACAGAUAUGAAGUAUAAAAACAGGGUGCGGAGCCGCAUCAGCAACCUGAAGGACCCCAAAAACCCUGGACUGCGGAGGAACGUCCUGGCUGGAGGCAUCGAGCUGAGACGCUUCGCCAUCAUGUCUGCUGAGGAGAUGGCUAGUGAUGAGCUGAAGCAGCUCAGGAACAAUCUGACUAAGGAGGCCAUUAGGGAACACCAGCUGUCCAAAACCAGCGGUACCAUUUCUGACCUGUUUCAGUGCAGCAAGUGCAACAAAAAGAACUGCACCUACAACCAGAUGCAGACCCGCAGCGCUGAUGAGCCUAUGACUACUUUUGUUCUGUGUAACGAGUGCGGGAACCGCUGGAAGUUCUGCUGAUGUGGCCCAGCUCCAAUGACGAUGUUGCAGACCACAUUUUUCUAUGAAGGGUUAUAAUGUUUCGCAAUGAGUAAUUUUACAAAAAUGAAUAUUUACGAUUUAUAAUGGACUUUUUAAGAUGGGCUCCCGAGUGGCGCAGCGGUCUAAGGCACUGCAUCUCAUUGCAAGAGGCGUCACUACAGUUCCUGGUUCAAUUCCAGGCUGUAUCACAUCCGGCUGUGAUUGGGAGUCCCAUAGGGCGGCGCACAAUUGGCUCAGCGUCAUCUGGGUUUGGCCGGGCUAGGCCGUCAUUGUAAAUAAGAAUUUGUUCUUAACUGACUUGCCUAGUUAAAUAAAGUUUUCAUUUAAAAAAUAAUUAUAAAUUAAUGGGAGUUGAAAACAUUUGUGUAAGAGACUUGUUGAGAGUCUCCAGAUUGAUGGCUGUGUCAUUUAAUCUGUCCUAGUUGAACACAGGUAAUUCAAUGGUGCUGAGGAGAUGCCUUUUAUGAAUUUCACAGACAACAAAAAUGCAUCUUCAUUUUUUGGGGUAUAUUCUAUUUAAAUCUGCAAAGACCACAGAACAAAUCAGAAAUACAGUAUGAAAGCUUAUCAUGCAACCCAUUUCAAUUAAGACAUAUUUAUUGUUAAUAUCUCAAGCCCCAACUUCUGAGGUUUUAUUGUCACCGUUUGGUCUUCAGUUUGGGCUUCAGGGAAUAAUAUAAUUCAUUUUUCUAGAUAAGUUAAAGACCAAAAAACAAUUUGUCAUUUGUGGGUUUUGCUCUGACAUUUCAAAGAGCAGCUAAAAUGUCUAUAAAUAUUUAUGAAUAAGUGGAGUUGGUUAUUUUCAUAUGUAUUGCUUUGAAGCAUAAUUGAAUGAGUAAACAGUAUUGAAAUUAUGCUAAUUUAUCAAAUUAUGUAAUUGUCAAAUUGUGUUUGAACAACAGGUGAAAUGGAAUGUCAAUAUACUGUACCACUAAGUGGCGAGGAAGAAACAUGUAUCCUGUAACAGCACCCACUUGCAAAUGACAUAUCAUUUAGAGAGUGAAUGUUAUUUACAGUACCAGUCAAAAGUUUGGACACACCUACUCAUUCAAGGGUUUUUCUUUACGUUUGCUAUUUUCUACAUUGUAGAAUAAUAGUGAAGACAUCAAAUCUAUGAAAUACCACAUAUGGAAUCAUGUAGUAAACCAAAAAAUAUAUAAACAUUUAGUAGCCACCCUUUGCCUUGAUGACAGCUUUGCACACUUGGCAUUCUCUCAACCAGCUUAAUGAGGUAGUCACCUGGAAUGCAUUUUAAUUAACAGCCGUGCCUUGGUAAUUUGUUUAAUUUGUUUCUUUCUUAAUGUCUUUGAGCCAAUCAGUUGUGUUGUGACAAGAAGGUCAGUCAAUACGGAAAUUUCAAGAACUUUGAAAGUUUAUUCAAGUGCAGUCACAAUAACCAUCAAGCGCUAUGAUGAACCUGGCUCUCAUGAGGACCGCCACAGGAAAGGAAGACCCCAGAGUUACCUCUGCUGCAGAGGAUAAGUUCAUUAGAGUUAACUGCACCUCAGAUUGCAGCCCAAAUAAAUGCUUCAGAGUUCAAAUAACAGACACAUCUCAAUCAACUGUUCAUAGGAGACUGCAUUAAUCAGGCCUUCGUGGUCUAAUUGCUGCAAAGAAACGACUACUAAAGGACACCAAUAAAAAUAGACUUGCUUGGGCCAAGAAACAGACAUUAGACUGGUGGAAAUCUGUCUUUUGGUCUGAUGAAUCAAUUUUUGAGAUUUUUGGUUCCAGACGCAGAGUAGGUGAACGGAUGAUCUCUGCAUGUGUGUUUCCCACUGUGAAGCAUGGAGGUGGGAUGGUGUGGGGUGCUUUGCUGACACUGUCUGAGAUUUAUUUAGAUUUCAAGGCACACUUAAACAGCAUGGCUACCACAGCAUUCUGCAGUGAUGCCCCAUCCCAUCUGGUUUGCGCUUGUUUUUCAACAGGACAAUGAUCCAACACACCUUCAGGUUGUGUAAGGGAUAUUUGACCAAGAAGGAGAGUGAUUGAGUGCUGCAUCAGAUGACCUGGCCUCCACAAUCACCCGACCUCAACCCAAUUGAGAUGGUUUGUGAUGAGUUGGACCAGAGUGAAGGAAAAGCAGCCAACAAGUGCUCAGCAUAUGUGGGAACUCCUUCAAGACUGUUGGAAAAGCAUUCCAUGUGAAGCUGGUUGAGAGAAUGCCAAGUGUGCAAAGCGGUCAUCAAGGCAGAGUGGCUACUUUAUGGAAUCUAAAAUAUAUUUUGAUUUGUUUACACUUUUUUGGUUACUACAUGAUUCCAUAUGUGUUAUUUCAUAGUUUUGAUGUCUUCACUAUUAUUCUACAAUGUAGAAUAUAGUAAAAAAAAAAAUAAAGAAAAAUCCUUGAAUCAGUAGGUAUGUCCAAACUAUUGACUGGUACUGUAUAAUGAGGGUUACAUGGAGAGAAAUGGACCUCUGAAAUGAAAAUGGAUAGCCCUUCAGCAAAAUAUAUUUUACUUAACGCUUAAAAAAACAAACAAGUGACCCUCCCCUAUACCCAAAAUAAUAAUUAAAGUAUAAAGUGGAUAGCAGAGAACAUGUCUACUGUUUACCCUCACUUCUUGGACAGAACAGAGCUUUAGAUAUGCAGUUUUAGAAACUUUUCUUUGUGCUUUAACCAUGGCAUCGCAGGAAUUUUGAUAGCUCACAGGGCUGCAGGUUGUGGGUUCGCAGACCACCAUGGACAAGAGUAGGGGUGGAAAGAUCUCCUUCAUAGUAAAAACAUUGCAUGAAUCUAUCAAAAAAAAUGCAUUUUAUAGACAUUUAACACAUUAGCAGAAUCUUUAAUACCACACAAAUUACCGAGCUACGCCUAUGUGUUCAUCUUAUCAUAUUUCUCCAAUGCCAAAUCAGUGUGUCUUGUUUGCAAUGAAUAUAAUAAUAACAAUAAUAAUUAAAUCUGAGAUAUCCUUUGGAAUCUGAGGAUGGUACUUUCAAAAGUUAGGCCUACCUUUCCAACCCAGACAAAGUAGGCCUACCAAUGCAGAAAAAUGUAAGCUUUACAUGCUGGCUACUCUUCUUCCUUGGCUCAACCCAAUGAGAGAAGGUCACAAGUGUUUCCCUAAAAGCUGCCUAUGUUUAAACAUCUUCUAUUGUACAGAAAGUGAAUAGCUUAAUCAAUUGAUAGUGCCAGAAUUAGAUUACUUCCCAAGCAAAGUAAAUGUUGUCUCCUGGGCUAUAGAAGGUUGUAGAUCAGCCUCUGAAUGUUAAAUAAACUAAACAAUGAUAUCCCCA